AUGUCGACCGCCGGAAGGACUGGCUACGACAUUUCCGUGCCUCUUGCUCCCAGGCACGUGUUCCAUGAUCUGGCCAAAGUUGCCCCUUGGGAUCGGAGGUUCUUCCUAACCACAACGUGUUCAUUACCAGGAUAUCUUGGCGAGCACGGUUCGGAGGAAUGGAUGGGUCUGAUACCGCUGCAGGACAAAGAAAACGGUGUGAAUCUAUCCAUGCACUGCUUCGAGAACCACCAAGAUCACCUACUUCCAGAAAAUCCCGAGUUCCGCCAAGCGCAGACAGACCAUUACCAAGGCCAAGACUACCGAAGCCUGAUGAACUCGACUUUUGGGCUGGUGCCAGCUGGCUGGUCGAGCGGCACGUACCGGCUCGGGGAGGUAAUGAGCGCCGGGUCGAUCCCCGUAUUCGUAGGCCGGGAUCUCGUCCCUUCGUUCAUGGAGCAAAUCGACUGGAAUUCGAUUUCCUUCGCGUUUACGCCGGACGAAGUGAAGUCACGCACGAUGAGCACGUUGCUGGCGGUUCCCCGAGAGCAGCUAGAGAGAAUGCAGCCAUGA